AAACAUUAGUUCUCUCCAUUGGCAUUCCAAGUCAUCAACCUCUCAAGCUUCACUCAUCAUAUUCUUGUUUUGAAUUUUUCCAAUUAAAAUAAACCACAAUGGAAAAAGCAACAUCGCACUGUCAAAUUCGUCCGCCCACUUAUGGCAAACUCAUUACGGUUCUUAGCAUUGACGGAGGAGGAAUUAGAGGCAUAAUCCCCGGAAUUAUUCUCGCAAACCUAGAAUCACAACUUCAGGAACUAGAUGGCAUGGAUGCAAGGCUUGCGGAUUACUUUGAUGUAAUUGCGGGAACAAGUACUGGUGGUCUAAUAACUGCCAUGUUAACUGCACCAAACAAUGAUAAACGACCUUUAUAUGCUGCAAAAGAUAUAGUGCCCUUUUAUCUUGAGAACUGUCCAAAAAUUUUCCCCCAAACAAGGUAAGAAAUAAAUAACAUGAAACUUAGAUAUGUAGAGGCUUGAUGGUCCGGUGGAUGAGACAAUCUCUUACCAUUUGUGCUUUCCCUAUUCCCUUUCUACGGUUAUACAAAAAAGGGCAAAAAAAGAAAGAGAAGAUACUUGAUGGGUUUAUAUUCAAUAUCAUGAUACCGACUGUAUAUUCAUACAUAUAGAUUUUGUACAACUUUAAUAAUUAUUUCUAAGUUUCACCACUAUUUGAGCAAACAUGGAUUUUUAGUAUGAGUAAAGCAUUUGUUUCUUUAUUGGAAACAACUGGAAGUGUCAUGCUUUUUGUAAAUUAAUCUGAAAAGUUACGUAUCUUGAAAAGUAUGCCAAAAAUAAUUAAUUAAAAGGGAAAGUAACUUGAAAGUGGUUGUUAGGGAAAUUAAUUACAAAAAAAUAAUAAAUAUUAACAAUAAAAAUCAUAAUUUUUUUAGGAUAAAUUACACUUACACCCCUAAGACUUGGGCUUAAUACACAUCAUUCUCUGAUGUUGUCAUUGUAAUUAUUUAGACGGAAUAAAAACAUUAAACUCAUACACUCUCUCUUUUCUUACUUUGCUUUACUUUCUCAUUUUUUUUUCCUUUCCUUUCUUUUACUGUUUUUUUUUUCAAUAUAAUUUUUUCUAUUUUUUCUAUUAGUAGUUGUUAUAUAAGCAGGGAAUUGUGAAAUAAAAUUAUUAACCACAAGGGUAAGAAUGUAAUUUUCAAAACAUUAGGGGAUGA